AUGGAGGAAGAAACAGAAGAACAUCUAUUCUUCACCUGUCCAUAUGUGAAACAAAUUUGGAGAGCAUCUGGUGUAGCAAAUCCUGUUUUUGAUGAUCCUAAUGAAUUGCUUGAUUCAAAAGUAAAAGUGUGUAUGGAGUUUGCUUCUUCAUCAAGGUUAGUGCAUUUCCAAAACCUUCCUAUAUGGUUACUAUGGGAUAUAUGGAAGAGUAGGAAUAAGCUUAUAUUCCAAAAGAAAAAUAUGCAUUGGAAAACCGUGUUGAGAUAUGCGAAAGAUGAUGCCCAAGAAUGGAAAGGGAUUGAUUUCAAUGAUGGAAGGGGUCGUGCAACAACUGUCAGACAAAAUCAGGAAUGCGAGGAUAUAAGAAGAUGGAGUUUGCCAACAAAUGGGAGGAUUAAGUGUAAUGUCGAUGGUUCAUUCCGAAAUGAGAACACAGAGGCUACUGCAGGUUGGUUAUAUCGUGAUGAAGAAGGUCAGUAUAAGGGAUCAGCACAGGCACGAGGUAUGAAGGUUGGUACAGCAUUGGAAGGAGAACUACAGGCUAUACUUAUGGCCAUUCAACACUGUUGGACUCAAGGGUUUUGUAGAAUUAUUAUAGAGAGUGAUUGCAGGAAAGCUAUUGAUAUCAUCAAUAAGAAGACUCUACAUUUCAAUGUUUAUAAUUGGACAAGAGAGAUAAGAUGGUGGGAGCAGAAGUUUGAAGAAAUCACAUUUCAGUGGAUCAAAAGGGAAGGCAAUAAACCAGCUGACCGAUUAGCAAAAACUAUUUUACCAAACAUGAACUCGUUCUAUUUUCAUUACUAUGUACCAAAAGGGAUUACUAAUCUCCUACAUGAAAACUAUGUACUAUCACAUUUAGUAUAA